GACGUGCGGCCGGCUUCCAUUUCCUUUCUUCCACUCCACUUCCACUUCAGUUUCGGCGCCGCUGCUCGCACGUGUGUCUUGCCGGGAUUUCGGAAACUACCUUUCGGUGAACGAAACAUUACCGAUUCAAAAUGUCAAGCAAACCGGCAUUCAAAGUUGCUGAUAUCAGCCUGGCUGAUUGGGGCCGUAAAGAGAUCAUGCUGGCUGAAAACGAAAUGCCAGGCCUGAUGUCACUGCGCAGCAAGUACAAAGAUUCAAAGCCAUUGAAGGGUGCCCGUAUUGCCGGCUGUCUCCACAUGACAGUCCAAACAGCUGUUUUAAUUGAAACCCUUGUUGUUCUUGGUGCUGAGGUUCAGUGGUCGAGUUGCAACAUUUUCAGUACCCAAGACCAUGCAGCAGCUGCUAUUGCUAAAACAGGUGUUCCUGUCUAUGCAUGGAAGGGAGAGACCGAUGAAGAAUAUAUUUGGUGUAUUGAACAGACACUGGUUUUCAAAGAUGGGCAGCCUCUCAAUUUAAUUUUGGACGAUGGUGGAGAUUUGACCAACUUAGUCCAUGAGAAAUAUCCUCAAUUCCUCUCAAAUAUCAAGGGCAUAUCUGAAGAAACCACAACAGGAGUGCACAAUUUGUACAAAAUGAUGAAGGAUGGAAAAUUGAAAGUUCCUGCUAUCAAUGUGAACGACUCUGUGACCAAAAGCAAGUUUGACAACUUGUACGGUUGCCGUGAGAGUCUCAUUGAUGGUAUCAAAAGAGCAACUGAUGUCAUGUUGGCGGGCAAAGUUUGUGUAGUUGCUGGAUAUGGAGAUGUCGGUAAAGGUUGUGCUCAGUCUCUUCGGGCAUUUGGUGGAAGAGUAAUUGUAACAGAAAUUGAUCCUAUCAACGCCUUGCAGGCCUCCAUGGAAGGCUAUGAAGUCACAACCAUGGACGAAGCUUCCAAAGAAGGACAGAUUUUUGUCACCACCACUGGAUGCAAAGACAUUAUUACUGGAAAACACUUCUUAAACAUGCGAAAUGAUUCUAUCAUUUGCAAUAUUGGUCAUUUUGACUGUGAAAUUGAAGUGACUUGGCUAGACAAGAAUGCUGUUGAGAAAAUCAACAUCAAACCUCAGGUGGACCGUUACAAGUUGUCAAAUGGACGCCAUAUCAUCCUCCUUGCAGAGGGUCGCCUAGUCAACUUGGGGUGUGCUAUGGGGCACCCAUCAUUUGUUAUGAGCAAUUCAUUCACCAACCAAACCCUUGCUCAAAUUGAACUAUGGACCAAGCCAGGACACUAUUCUGUUGGUGUUCACAUGUUGCCAAAGAAGCUCGAUGAAGAAGUGGCUGCUCUCCAUUUGGAUCAUUUGGGUGUUAAGCUGACAAAGUUGAAUGCUGACCAAGCAGCAUACUUGGGCAUCCCUGCUGAAGGCCCUUACAAGCCAGAUCACUAUCGUUAUUAACUGUCAAAGUACUAAACUAUUUUUUACACAGACAAGUGCACUUUCUUAUCAACUUUUACAUUGAAAAUCAAAACUUUGUAGCGCUUUACUUAAUAUUUUUUAAGGUUGUAUUAAUCAGUGAAAUAAGGAAAUA